AACACACACGUACAUACAUACGCUCACAUGUCUUUGGCUAUCUGGCGCUUCUAUGUUUAUUUUCGUUACCGCCAUUCCACGUGUACUUGGCCAAUCAGCUGGUUUCAUACUUUCUCAAUAUCACUUUGGCACGUAUACUGGACGCUAAUCCCGGCAAAAACGAAUCUUGAAAUAUUGGGGACAAAGAGAGGCCGCGUGAUAUAAAUUGGCAGGAAACCUACAGAAUCGUCAAAGAGAAUUCUGAGAGAAUACAUCAAAGUAUCGCGCAAAGUCGAGAGGUCGCAAGUUUAAAAUCAAACUGCCAAAUCGUUUAAUGUCUGCCGCAAUGGAGCACAUUACACCGGAGGAAUAUAUAAGCAAUAUUAUAACAGCAGAUAAUAUAGAUGAGUCGAUGAAACACUUAUUAGAAACAUUAGAGCUUGAAACACAUGACGUGAAAAAGAUAACAAGAGACACGAUGUUGUAUACUGACUGGUUGGAAUACUACCAUAAGUUUGCGGCUGAGAUAUAUGAAAAGAAGAAAACAAGUUUUACCACAUUGAAGAAAAAUAUAAAAUUUUAUAAGGAGAAACUGAGAGUAUACGAGAAAUCUUUGUGGAGCAUAUCGAAUAAUAAAGACAAUGCCAACUGGUUGAUGCAGCUAAAGGAGAAGAAUCAACGCAUUGAUACGUUGAGAUCAGAAUUGUUCUGCUACGAAAAAAUGGAUGAAAACUGCGAGCUUAUCGGAGACAUCGAUGACUUCAACUUUAUAUUUUAUCUGGACUCGAUAACUCGACAAAUUCUCGAGCUGGAGCUGGAAAUAGAAACCUUGAAAGACAUCGAGAAAAAUAUGAAAGAUCAUACAGAAAAUUCCACGCAGAAAAUUCUGAAGGACAAGAACAAACAUGACCUGAAAGAGUGGGAUAAUCUUUUAUGUUGUUUGUUGCAAAAUAUAGUGAAUGUUAAAGUUCCUGUCAGAUAUUGGUUAAAUCGACUCAGGAUACAAAACUUAAAAAGCACGUACUUAAUUUCGAUAAGAAAAUUACUCACCUGCCUAACAGACAAAAUUAACGAUACAGAGUUACAAACAACCCUAAAUAAACUGGAAAUUUGUAUUCAAAAUUACAUAAAUGAAGUGCAAAUCCUCCUCUUCGUUUCGUGUUAUAAUAAUUCGACGACUGAAAAUAUUCGGAUGUUAACAAUUCUACAGGAACAGUUAGUAAGCCUUGAGGACACUUUCUUUAAACAUUUGAAGGAAUCCACAAUAUCACCUAAGGUGAUAUUGAAUGAACGAAAUGAUCGGGUGACGAUACUAGAAAACCAAUAUGCCAAACUAACUGAGAAGUCAGACAAAUACAUUCAAGACCAAAUAACUGCUUUAAGUGAAAACGUGAUCAAGCGCAGAACCGAAGUACAAACUGUACGAAACGAAUGCGAGAAAUCGAUGGAAAAGCAUGAAAAUGAAUGUAAAAUCAUCAUGACCGACAAGUAUACGAGCACACUUGAUUCAGAACAAAGGAAAUAUCCUAACACAGAAGAAAGGGAAUAUCCUGUUGAGGAAAAAAAACAACAAAAAGAAGAGUUGAGUGAUGAACAGAAGAAGGAAGAUAAAAAAAAAAUAAAUGAUGAAGCGGAGGCACAACAUUCUAAGGAUGACCAAAUGAACAACAAAGAUCUGAAAUCGAUUAUGGUAAAUAAUAAUUUGUGGAAAAUGAAAAGUGAAAAUUUAUAUAAUGAGGCAUUGAUUAAGGCAACGGAGGUGAAGUUCGAGCUGUAUAAGGAAAUGUUGAACAAACUCAUGCAAUCCGAAAAUGAUAUCGAAGACGUGAUUGCUACGUACCAAAAGGAAAAUAAACGAAAUCACUUAAUAAAUAUGAACAACAAAAUAUUGCUAUAUUUCAACAUCGAACAGGCAAACUUCAUAGAACCAGCACUCAGACGCAAUCAAAAACAAAAAGGAGAUUACGAUCUGCUUAAAAAUAACGUCGCAAUGAAUGACAUAAAAAGUGAAAGUAAUACUUCGGAAGAAUGCGACAGUUGUGAGACCUUAAAUAGCAAAUUGCAUCACGUCACGAACGUUAUCUGUUGUACUUCUCAAGAAAUAACCAAGACAAGUGCAAUGUUCCACAUGCUUCCGUUUAAGAAAUUCGUGAGGACUAUAUCGGAAUACAUAAUAACAAAAGAAAAAGCAAAGUCAAAAAGAAGAAAUGGACGAAAGCAACGGAAACAUUAGAAACAAGAUUAGCGAAAGUUCAAGAGCUAUCCGAUCUAUUGUGUGACAAGCACAAAAACUCUCUCUAAUAUCACUGAAGAGUAUUUCAGCGAUGAAUAUUUAUCCUACGAUGGGAAUGAUAGAGAGUAUCAAUUUUUUAACAAUUUGGGGUGAGAAGGACAUCGGUAAACUCAAUGAAAAUUGAAACACUUCAAGACGCUACAAAUUUCAGUGGCCGUCUCCAUACUAAACUUAUUGAAUGGGAGCGUCCAACUGUGCCAUUCGAAGUACGGAGAUGAUCACAGUCGCAGGACAUACAGAACAGGAAGAUAGAAAAAGAAAUAUACAUACAUAUAUCUAUAUGUAUAUAUGUAUAUAUCCAGUUGCUUUGCGGCUUCCCCUACUUCGUGUCACCGUGUGAAACGAGCAUCGAUAUCUUCGUUACCACGACGUUGUCAUGCGCCCACACAACCACGACCGUAGAGAGGCGGACUAAAGACGAUUCCUGGCGAGAAAGAGCAAAAAAGAUAGAGUCAGCGGACUAGAGGCAAUUCCUACCGAAAAAGAGCAAAAAAGAUAGACGCAGCGGUAAAAUUGGAACGGCGUGUCGAGAACAGCACGAACACACUGGGGGACUACCUUCCCGUCUGCGUGUCACUCUUGGAUCCAUGUUCAUUGUCAUUAUGCAUCAUUACGCGACCUCUCGUCAUUCACGUGGCGGCGCAUCGUCCUCCUUUCGAAGUAACCGACAAAGGCCCGGAAUCGGAAGCCGAUUCUCUGGGAUACUGCUAAAUUGAGUGUAUAAUAAUGUCGGAUGAUGAUUCCAGAACGGAUUGUCCCGGAGAUGUAAACAUGGGCGUUCCGUUCUCUUCGCGAGGCGACCGAACGUCCGGUUUCGACGACUUUAUUAAAAUGUCUAGAUAAUGUCGUUGUAGACAUUAUAAAAUAUGUUACUGUUAAUGGAACAUAUUCAAUUGUUCGCGGCGCAACGUUCGAUAUUGUUGUUAACAGGAGACUUACGCUUCUUUAGGAGAUGCUCGUUUGUUUCGCGGAUUUAUGUCUUAAGCGGACGUAAGCAAUUGAAUUUAAUAGCUUUUAAAGAGAGUUGCGCACACUGCACACGAAUUUAACGUAGACUAACGGACGACUAAAUGAAAAAUAAAGGAUUCGCAUGUACAUCGCGUAGAAUUUUACUUUCCAGACAAUAAUGUUUCUCGUGGAUCUUCGUUUUUCGUUAAACGCCGAAGUGCUUGAUUCAGCCGUCAGUGAACAAGCUUCCAUAAUCAAUUCCCGAGUCAUCAAUGAAUUUGCGUACGUCGAGUACCCUUGAUAAAUAAAAUUGCUUUCGAAGUAGAUUACAGUUCUCGUCAACAUCCUGCAGAGGAGCAACUAAAUUAAAGAGGAGCUUGUAGGAAUUUGUACUCACGCGCAAUCGUGAAUUCUCAAUCUUCAAAAAUACCAAGGUUUAGCUUUUCAUUACUCUUGCGUUGAUCUCCAUUCGUUUCUUUCCUCAUGUCUGCUCAUUUUAAUUUUCAGGAGGGUUGAUCGAGAAUUGAGCGACUUUACGACCGAUCUGUGAUUUUGUAAAUUAAUCUCUAAGAAAUUAAAAUACUAAAUAUUUUGCAUCUCUCUCUCUUUGCGCGAUUUGAUAAAAUUCAUUAAAACACGGAGGAGACAAGUAUGUAAAGUAUCACGUUUCCUCCCUUUUUAGAUUGCUUGUUACGGGUCCAAAAGAAUCGUCAUUGUGUAACGAAUAUUAUUAGUUCUAGUUAUACAGAAAUACGGGAUAAACAAGCGGUAACAAAGAGAAAAAAGCAUAGGACAUUAUGAGAUAAUCUGUCGUAAGCAAUAUUCUGUAAUUUAACCCUAAGGGCGUAUCCCUUACGGAGAAUAGGACUCAGAGACAACGGGCGUGUUUAAAACGUCAUGGAAACGCGAUGCCGAUAAUUUUCAAGAUGACAAUAAUAACGAAUGUUCACACGCGUAAUGUCGGGGAUGGUAUAUUUCGAUAAUUAGUUGUGGAGAUAUACGCGCGAAAAAAGAACCACGCAUACUACAGCAAUGCCGAUUUAUUUCCGCGAAAUGAUUAAUUGUUAACAAUAUACGCGAUCAAUGUGUGUUUUACAGAUGUAUGUGCACCAAAAUUCUGUGACCAUUUUCUGAAUCGAGAGUUAUUACAAUUUUUCGACCAGGCGCAUCCGUUUUUAAAUAUGCGACUGUUGUUUAUUUGAGAUUGCGGUAACAAUGUUUCAAAACAGCUGUGACGUUUCUCAGCUUGAUAUUUCAUUUGCGCCCUAUAAAUAAUAUAAAUCAUAAUAAAAAUAAAUUAAAUUAAA